AGAGCUGGGAGGAAGAGGAAGUGAGAAAGCCAGAGUUGUUGGGAGUGUGGCCUAAUGGAUUACUUUUCAAUUUUGCUAAGCUCCUGAAGGAAAGAAGCUGCAAGUACUUAUCUCUGUUUGCUCUCAAUUCUCACAGGAGAAAGAGGCGCUGUGCGUGCUGGAGACUGCUCCUACCUAAUCAGAGAUUGAGACCCACCCACCUUCCCCCCCCCCCAUACUGGGGUCCACUUUGGUAAAUUCUUGUCAGCAGCCUCUUUUCGCCACUUGGCAGCUAGCAGCUAUGGAGCCUGCCAUUUCCCUCAACAUGAGGCCCUACGAUGUCAAGUUGCAUGGCGACACUGCUACCUUCUAUCCUUACCCAUUGGGCAUCGUCGCUCAACCACCCAAGGACUAUGUGCUGUGGUCGUUGUUCAACUUCUCCUUCAUGAAUACCUGUUGUCUUGGCUUUGCUGCCCUCGUCUUCUCUAUCAAGACAAGGGAUUGUAAACUCUCUGGAUAUGACGAAGGUGCGGCUAAAUACAGCAAGAGAGCCAAGUUGCUGAAUAUUAUUGCAUCAGUACUGGGCAUUGUGUUCUUCAUUCUUAUCUUCCUCAUGACUGUCUCUGUUGUAGUAGUUUUACAAGAAAGACUCCAGCAGUUAAUUAAGGAAUACCGGGAGAAGAUGGAGGAAUUUCUCAAUAUGGAUGAUGGAUCUGAGAUAUCCUCAGAUCCUUACUAAGCAUGGCAAUCCUUUCUUCUGUUCUGAUUGUUCCUGCGCUGGUCUUUCACUUGCAAGGAAUGAAGAAUUCUGCAAAGCGGCACUACUUGCAUUUCUGGAGAUGUAAUGGUCUCCCCUAUAGCUACUGCUUGCCUACCAUCUAGUUUCAAGCUCUGCAUCUAGUUUCAGAUGCUUACUGAAAACACGAUAUUUUUAUGAGCAAUGAUUUCUCUGUCCCAAGGUCUAGAUUUGUAGCUUUUCAGUCCCUAUGAUUCAUGGAAAGUGCCACGCUUGUUUGGUUUGUCAGUAUUUUGACAAGUUUCUCACCCAAGAUGUGUAUUAGAGCUUUCCUCUUUGAAAUAUGACAUCUGAUGUGAAUUCUGAGCAAAUAAAAACACAAUUGGUA